AUGUCAGAUCUCACUGAUCAUAUCAUCACCGAAAGCACUCAACUUGAUGUUCCAGAGUCUUGCAAGGGGACUACCAAUGUCAUGAAGGUGCUUGUCCCUGCUAUGGGUUCAGACACCACUUGUCACAUUGUCACCACUGGCUCUGCACAGAAAACUCUUCAACCUACCACUUCAGACCUUCACAAGGCAUCUGCUGACACUGCAAACCUUACCUCAGUUGUCACCAUUGGCUCCAAUGCUCCUGGAGUUACAUGCAGCAUUUCCAUUUCUAACAUCACUGAUUCCCAUGAGACUCCCAGCAUUCUGUGCAACACUUCUGUCCCUGUUUCUGUGAUCCCCAGCCCCGAUGAAGCAUCAGAUACUUCUACUAUUUCCAACAGCACUUCCACUUCAGUCCCUGAGGCCACACAAGUACCCAAUGAAUCUGAUGCAAAACCAAAUGCAGCUCCCUCCACCCCUGUCACUCAUGCUGCUGCUGAUCUCUUCAUCGGUGAGGAUGAUGGGCCAGAUGGAGGGUUCUUCUCAGGCUAUCCUAGUGGCCCUGCCACCAGAAAAGGUUCUCUGAUAACACAUGCCAAGUGCCCAGCACUGCAUCUCAUGCAAGGUCCAGCCCACCUAGGAAGUGACCAUGAACCAUUUGACCUUCAGCUUCAUGUGUUCCCAGACAAGCCAGAAAUUCAUACCACAUCUGCUAGGCUCUGUGCAGCUGAGGAAGGAUGUCUACCUACAAUGGAAAGUGAGGCUGACAGUGCUUGGCAAACUGGUCCACAUUCCCUUCAUGGUGCAUGUUUGAGUUUGACCUUGGGCCCUGGUGGCCCACAUAUUGCUUACAAUGUACCUCACCCUCUCCAUGCUACACAGUUCAAUCAUCUAUUGCAGCAGCAUACUUUUGCUGAUCAGCUCCCUGGGCCAGGUAUCCCACUGUGGCAGAUGCCAGGGGUACCUUAUGAUUACAACACUGUCAUGCAUGGAGGAUGGUAUAACCAUCCAGCAGUUCCCUAUCCUCCCCCAUAUCCGCCACCUGGCUGUCCAUCUUACAGAUCAUACAUGGAGGAUUACUACUUUGGCAGGGGAGGGUAUGAGGAUUCUCACUUCUGCCAUGACCCUGCUCCCAUUGGCCAGACUGGUACUGUCCCAGAAGUUGCUGUUGGUGCUACUCCUCUUCCACCACGUCCUGGCGACACCACAAAGUCUGAGUCUGCUGCUGAGUAG